AUAACUGGUAGCAUUUUCAAUUAGUGAUCAGCUAAGAACUACAAUGCAGGAAAACCAAGUAUUAAACAGGGUAUCCAGGAUCCUGAAGGAAUACCUGGACCAAAGGCAUCCCAAGGUUUGGGUGUUCAAGGACCAAAGGGACAAGAAGGUGAGCGUGGUCCAAAAGGGGAUUGUGGAGUUUCAGGAACUGGACUGCCAGUAAGUAAAGAAGGAAAAAUCGUCUAAUUUGGGAUCAAAGUCACUAUGCGGAAAAAACAUUUUUUCUUUUGCUUUUUACUUCUGGCUGUGACAGCAAACCAAGUAGUAUAUGGGCAAAACAGAAAGAAAGGAAAGAAUUCUUAUUCUCUCAUGCAAAAAGAUGAAGGUGAUAUGUGUCUCGUUGAUAUAGUCUUUAUCUUGGACAGUUCAGAAAGUGCCAAAAAUCAGUUGUUUGAUUUACAGAAGAAUUUUGUUCAAAACUUAACUGACAGCAUUUUCAAGAUGAAGCCGGUUAAGUCUCAGAAGUAUAAUGUCAAAUUAGCAAGUAUGCAGUUCAGCAGCACAGUCAGCAUUGAUCAUCCUUUUACAGCCUGGAAAAAUGUGCAUAAUUUUAAAGAGAAAGUCAAGUCUCUGGGCUUUAUUGGCCAUGGCACCUACUCCUAUUAUGCAAUUUCCAAUGUCACUCAGCUGUUUAAAACUGAAGGUCGUAAGAGAAGUGCAAAAGUGGCUUUUUUGAUGACUGAUGGUGUGGAUCAUCCAAACAGCCCUAAAGUUGAUGGUAUAGCCACAGCAGCUAGGAGUCUUGGAAUACAUUUUUUUACCAUUGGCCUUUCUAAGAAAAAAGUCCAAGAAGAAAAAUUGCGCGUGAUAUCUGGUGAUUUAUCCUCUAAACAUGUCUUAUGCCUGGAUGAUCCAAACCUGCUAGUUGAUGUAACAUUGGAACUGGAAGCCUUGCUUCAGAAGCAGUGUAUGCGGAAGAACUGUGGAUGUGAAAAGGGAGUAAAAGGAGACAAAGGUGAUUCUGGCAGUGCUGGUAACAGAGGGGAAAGAGGUGAGCCAGGACCAAAAGGAAACAAGGGUGAUGCUCAAAAAGGAGAUCGUGGAGAAAAAGGUGAAGAGGGAGCUCCUGGAUACAGGGGAGACAAGGGUGAAAGAGGAGAAUGUGGAUCCCCAGGAAUAAAAGGGGAAAGAGGCUUGGAAGGUCCUUUUGGCCCUAGGGGACCUCGGGGACCUCAGGGUAUCAGUGGACCUCCAGGUGAGCCAGGCCCAAAAGGCAUUCAAGGAAGCAAGGGAGAACAAGGCCCUUUAGGUCCCUAUGGUCCUCCAGGACUCCCUGGAGUUGGACAGCCAGGACCCAAGGGUGCUCAAGGUCAAGAAGGUAAAAUUGGAUUACCAGGACCUCCUGGAAUUGGUGAGCCAGGAUCACCUGGACCACGUGGCCCUGAUGGUCUGCAAGGUGAGAAAGGUCUACCAGGAGAGGGCAUUCAAGGCCAAAAGGGUGAAAAAGGCUCUGAAGGUGUAGCUGGUCCUCCUGGACUGCCAGGUCAACAAAUCAAAGGUGAAAAGGGUGAACAAGGCCAAGUAGGACCACAAGGCCCAGCAGGACCACCAGGAAUAGGCAAUCCAGGAAGCCAGGGUGUACAGGGUCCACAAGGAAACCCUGGGGCAAAAGGAUCUAAAGGUUUUGGUCUGCCAGGCCCGAAGGGUCAACCAGGUGAACCCGGACAAAAAGGAGAACCAGGACUUCCAGGAAUUGGCGUACGAGGACUUAAAGGGGAUAUAGGUCUAUCUGGACUCCCAGGAGAGAGAGGGGUGCAGGGAGAUCCUGGGAAGUCAGGGGAAAAGGGGGACCCCGGAGAAAAAGGAUCCCAAGGACUGAUUGGUUAUAAAGGAGUACAAGGCCCAGCUGGACCAAAAGGUGAACCAGGAGAGAGAGGACCACCUGGUGUUGCUGGAUCAUCUAUUCAGGGACCUGCUGGACCAAAGGGGGAUCCAGGACCAAAGGGACCACCAGGAGAUGAUGGACUUCCUGGAAAUUCAAUAAUGGGACCAACGGGUAACCGGGGACUACCUGGACUCCCUGGACCCCGUGGAGCAAAAGGCGAUGGCCACAAAGGUGAAGCUGGACCUCCAGGACCAGCAGGCCCCCCAGGACCAGCAGGCCCAAAAGGUGUGGGAGAUGCUGGACCAAAGGGAGACCGUGGAAUGAGAGGCUAUCCUGGGCCCCCAGGGCCGCGAGGAAAUGGAAUGAUUGGUCCAAAGGGUAUUAUGGGACAGAAAGGCUUGCCUGGUCCACCUGGCCUCCCUGGUGACAGCAUACAAGGAAGCAAGGGAGAAAAAGGAAAUCAAGGCUUUCCUGGACUAAAGGGAUCAGUAGGAAUUGGCCUUCCUGGACCAAAGGGAGACUAUGGAGAUAAAGGCGAUCCAGGGAGCAAAGGUGCCAAAGGAGAGAUUGGAGACCCAGGACCUCCAGGACCAAAGGGAAUUUGGGGAAGAAAAGGUGAACCUGGUCUUUCGAGAGAAGAAGUUAUCAGACUUAUCAAUGAAAUAUGUGGUUGUGGUAUCAGGUGUAGAGUAACACCACUGGAGCUAGUAUUUGUCAUUGACAGUUCAGAAAGUGUUGGACCAGAUAACUUCAAUAUUAUCAAAACUUUUAUGAAAACAGUCAUUGACAAGGUAUCGGUCAACGACGCUACAGCCCGCAUUGGCAUUAUCAACUUCAGCCAUAAAGUGGAGUUGGUGUCUUCUCUGAAGCAAUACACAACCAAAGAACACCUGAAAUCAGCUGUUGAUAAAAUGCCCUACUUAGGAGAAGGCACGUACACAGCUUCUGCUAUCCAAGAAGCCAUUCAGUUAUUUCAAGCAGCACGCCCAGCAGUAAGAAAAGUGGCUGUUGUAAUAACAGAUGGGCAAGCAGAUGCUCGUGAUAAAGUACAACUGGAUACUGUAGUAAGAGAGGCCCAUGCUACGAAUGUUGAGAUAUUUGUCAUUGGGAUUGUUCAAAGGACUGAGCCUCAUUAUGAUGAAUUUCUGAAGGAAAUGCAGCUCAUUGCAGCAGACCCUGAUGAAGAACAUGUUUACCAGAUAGAUGACUUCAUGACGCUUUCAGCUCUUGAAAAUAAACUGAUCACAAAAAUCUGUGAGAAUGUAUCUGAAGUCUACACCAGAAAAGAUGUUUUAUCUCCAUCUCCAAGUCCAGAAUCUGAAAUUGCUAGUGAAGAUAUUAAUAGCCAGUUACCUAAAAUGACUACUUCAGAGAUUUAUAUGCUCCCUACGGAAGGAAUCAGUUACCCACUUAGUCCACCACGGACCAGAUAUACUGAGCUGCUGCCAUCUGCUCAGGAUCACACUGUGACCACCUCUGCUCACAGAGAAUCGAGGUUUCCCCCGCUUUAUGACAUAUCUGAAAUCAGACCUCAGAAUCCAGCUGUCAAUCCUUUGUUCAAUGUAACUGCUACUGAUGAUCACCACCUGACUGUGUUGCAAACACAGGUAGCAACAACCCAAAAAGAUCCAAGGUGCUUGGAACCUCUGAAACCAGGGGAUUGUCGGGACUACGUGGUGAAAUGGUAUUAUGACAAGAAUGGCAAUUCUUGUGGCAGGUUCUGGUACGGAGGUUGUAACGGUACCAACAACAGAUUUGAAACAGAAAAAGAAUGUCAAGAAACCUGCAUCGACCGAUGAAUAAGUAAGUUGUCUCCAUCAGGUCCUACUUCAAUUGCCUCUUUUCUAGGCUAAAAAGAUGUAGCCUAUUUAAAUGCCUCCCAUAGUAUACAUACAUAUUAUAUCAUCUUUUAUACCUUUGAUCAACCUUGAUAUGUUUGUCUGAACCUUUUUGAGAUGGUGGGACCAGAGGUACACUUGGUAGUCAUCGAUUUAUAGUGACACAGUGAGGUUUUCUACUUUGUUUUCUAUUCCUUAUCUUACAGUUUCUAACACUGUAUUUGAUUUUUUGACCAUUACUGAGAUGGGAGAUGAUAUUUUCAUAAAUCAUAAUUCCAAGACUUCAUCUAUAGGAUGAGCUGAGAACCCAUCAUAUUAUCUGUGAAUUUAUGAUAGUUUUUGCAUAUUAUUUCAUAUUUAUCAAAAUUCAGUUUUCCUUUUCCAUGCACAGUCUACACAGUCAAUAUCACAAGGUCCUUCUGCAAUUUCUUGCAGUCACCCCUUUUCUUUACUACCUCAGAGUAACACAGCGUUGUCACCAACUUUGUCACCUCGCUUUUUACUCCCUUCUCUAGACCAUUUACAACUAUAUUGAGUAGGACAGACCAUAGCGUACAUCCUCCAGUGACUUCUCUCCACUGGUCAUUCAUCCCCUUUCCUUUGUUUUGUUCUUUUCUUCAUGUACAAAUUAGAAGACUGUCCCUCUUGAACCAAUAUAACUUUCCUUUGGGGAGGGACAUUACUUUUUGGAAAUCCAACCAACUGCCUUAGGUCCACAGGCUUAUUCAGGCAUGGUCUUCAAAGAGGUUGCUUAUCAGUAGUACAUAACUUCCUUUACAAAAGCCAUAUAGGUCAUCCCCAAUAAAAUGUAUUAAAUACUCUAUUUCAACUUUCAGUACAGGAAAAUUCUACUGCACUGCAGUGUGUGUUUUUCUAAACAUUUCAGGAAAAAUAAACAAUUCCUUAUUUCUUCUAGAAAUGACUGCUGUUUGGAGUUUUUAAAGCUGAAACUUCAUGUGUAUUGAAGAAGAACUAACCGAGAAGAAUCCAAAAUUAUGUGGUAACAUGAAUAUAUUGCUGCCAUGUUCUACUGCCUUCCCUGCUAUGGUCCUCACAUUAACUAGAUUCCUGUAUAAUGUAUGUUAUCUGCAACACCACAGCAAUAACUUACAAUCACACAUACACACACACGGGAACAUACCUUUUCCCUCCAAAUUUAUAUUAACUUGUUACUACUACAUGUGGCAAUGGCGAGAUUCUAGUUUUAGGAUUAAAAUGUCAAAAGUGUUUACACUUAGCAUUUAAUGACAGAGGUCUCUUGGUCUCGUGGAAGAAUAAAAUACGCUCUAGUUUUAAACAAGGGUAAACGGUUCCCGAAAUUGGCACCCUUAAUACAGCAUUUAGAGACAUAAAUUAAGAUUUGCAUUAAUUAGAAUACCUCUUUGGAAUGUAAAUACCACAGCUGUAGGUAAUUAGGGGGGGUCCCCCCCAUUAAAGCACAUUUGGAUUAACAUCAAUAAAAUAUUUUCAAUUAUAAAGGUAGGCCUUUCAUUCAGAAUUAUAUUAAAAACAGGAUUCUUCAUGUCCUUUAGGCUACUCAGUACAUUUCAAUUUCUCAGGGCCUCUGUGUUAAAAAAAAAAAAAAAAGUUAUUUCACUCUAAUAUAUGCUAUUAAACUAAAAAAGGGAAAAGCACUGAAAGAUGUAUAUAGAUGUUUACUUAUAUCCUUUCUGCUUUUAGCCAUAAUCCUAUAUGAACAUAUCAUUAAAACUGAAAGUAAUGAGCAUGUGAUUAAAAUGGAAAGCAAUACCUGAUAAAGAGUAAUGCAUUGUUAUUUCUUGGCAAACAAAAGACUAGUAUCUGCACGGGCAGCAUGGGCAAUUCUUGAUAUGCUUAAACAAUUGCUUGCACAAUUUUCCCCCCUCCAUGUAAACAAA